AUGCUGGCCAAGUUGUCGACUGCUGCGCUGGCGCUCGGCGCGUUACUGGGCCACGUCGGGGCCUCUCCGACCCCCCCUGAGAGCGAGGGGCGCUCGUUGCGUGCCACCAACGCAACCGCCUUUGCCCUAACGUACGGCUAUCCGCUGAUCCAGUACGCCUCGACCGUGAGCUCAGUCCUGGCCUUCACCGGCAGCAAUGCGAUCCAGCACAACAGGGACUUGGCUACUCCCGACGACGUGAGCCUCGUGCGGCCCAGCGUCGACACGCUGUAUUCAAGGGUCGUGGUAGACUUGUCGCACAACGACGUUUCCAUCACGAUACCGAAAGUGGACGAUGAUCGCUACUACGUCGUUGCUUUCCACGACCUCUGGUCAAACAACUUUGCCAACUUGGGCAGCCUCAACAAAGCCGCUCCCGGCAAGUACCUGCUGAGGAUCGCGGACAAGCCGUGGGAGAUUGGCUUCUGGCCCGUAGACGAGGAAGAGCCCUCGAAUUAUAUCGGCUACAUCGGCUUCCCCACCAUCUACGGCCUGGUCGCGCCUCGCAUCUUGGUCCGGGACGGCGCGGCGGACCUCGCGGCUGUGCGCAAGCUGCAAGAUAAAAUCAAAGUCGACGUCGUUCCCCGGCCCGGCCCGCGGCUGGGACCCAGGCUCACGUCGCAGCUGCUCGGAGACGGCGCCCUCGAGCCCCUGGCUCCGCAAUCGCCUGCGUCGCUCGACAGAGAUGCCGCCGAAACUCUUCUCGAGAUUGUCGCCAAGGUCGACCCGUUCAACAGGCCGGCCAACCCAGCCGACGGGUCUGCCGUGACCAAGAUCCUCGGAGAAGCCGGCCUGGCCAACGACGAAUACGACCCGCCGCGCGGCGUCGACUUCGCGCUGGCAAACCGCCUCGUCGACGACGCCUUGUCGGAGACUGACAGGCUACUGCAGCCCUUCAACAACGGCUGGUUCGAUUUCCCGCCCCAGUACAGCGGCGACUUUGGCAACAACUACGCCGUCAGGGCCAGAGUUGCCUUUCACGGGUACGGGCAGCUGGUCCAGUCCGAAGCCAUCUACCCGGAGUGGAAGGACGGCACCCUCCGAGGCCUGUACCUGGAAGAGAACGAGGCGUAUCUCGUCACCUUUGCUUCGGGGAAGCCCCCCGUCCGCGGAUUCUGGAGCUUGACUGCCUACGACGACGCGAGCCGCCUCAUCGCCAACCCGCAGAAGCGGUACGCGCUCGGAGACCGAAGUCCCCUGGCCUACAGCAACGGCGAGCUGGUCUACGGCAAGACGAACCGCACCGACGCCUUUUCCAUCCUGGUUCAGCCGGGGGACGUGGCGCCGCCGUCCAACUGGACGAGCAACUGGCUCCCUGCGCCUGCCGGGGGCGGAGAUUUCUCCCUUACCUUGCGUCUCUUUGGCCCGACCAGGGCAGCGACCCAUGGCGGAGAGUAUGUGUAUCCGGUAGUUACCAAGCAAAGAGCUAUUGUUGGAUGA